AUGCACUCCGCGGUGCUUGCCUGGUUUUUUAUUGCUUUUCUAUUCUGUGUGGCGGGUGCACAGACUAGCGUUGAUCUUGGUUCCGUAAAAGGGCUCGUGGCGACCGAUUCUUCCCAGAGCGGCUCCAAGAGCUCGACGUCCACGAAACGUACUUCCUCGUCUCAGCCUUCGACCCCCUCAGGAGCCUCCACUUCUUCCCCAGCCAUUUCUUCAUCGACAACCUCCAAGAGCCUCGUCCCGUCUGCCUCAGGAGACACCUCUGCGUCCUCACGGCCAGCUUCAAAGAACAACACCUCCAUGAUCAUCGGAGGCGCCGUCGGAGGCACUGUCGCCGUUCUCCUCGCCAUCGCCGCUGGUGCCUGCUACAUCAUUCGCCGGCGCCGAGGGGGAAGCAGUAGCGCCCCGGCGGGGGCGAAGAUCCGGCCGAAGUCCACUGUCUAUUCCGCCGAUUUCUUCGCCGCAAGAGGCGCAGCGAGCCAUUGGAGCGUCCCAGUGCCGUCGCCGUCGAGGAACUCUGAGAUGACUGCGGUGCAUGUCUACUGCCAGGAAGAGUCUCGCAAGGCUGCUGGAACCCCUUCCCUCGGCCACACGCACGAGUCGGACGAUAUGAGGUCGUCGUCAUAUGAAGCCAAGACGAGCCAGGAAGAGGCGUUCAAUGUCACUCCUUUCACCCCGGGCUUCGAGAGAGGGUUCUUCAACGUAUGUCAAUGUCAUCAUGGCGAGUGUGCGGAGUCCGCGUGCGGUAACGUGGCCAUCACGAGCUUGAUGAGCUAG